GUAUUACUAUAAAAUAGGCCACCAAAGAGGGAAAUGGAGAGUCCUGUUCUCCAAGUUUUCACAUCGAAGCCGCCGCCAUUGAUGAGCUCCGAUCAUCAGCUGCCGGAGAAAUCAAAAUAAGCUUCCCAAUGUCGCAUCUCCUCCACUUCAGCUGCUACCAGAUCUUCUCCAAGGUAAGUUUAUAACCUUCUACUCUGUCCUGAGCUAAAUCGGUCAGAUCGAGAGAACUUCAAGUUUUCCGUCUUCUACCUUUAUUGCAGCUGGAUACUCCGCCCAAACUAUGAUUUCAAAUCAACAAUCCUGAAUAAUCUAUCCUAGCAUGUUAUUUACUGUGUUUGAAUUAUCACAUUAUUUUAUUGUUGUUUUCAGAAGCUUUCCUGUAGACUUUUCACUGUUACCUUGUUACUUGCUAUUAUUCUCCUUAAUGUCUUCUUCUUAUUACCUGGAUUUAUUGCACUUGAGCUGAAGGUCUCUUGAAAACAAGUGGUAAAUUUUUCCCAUAUUCUGUCCUCCUCAGACUCCAAUUGUGAGAUUUUACUUGGUGUGCUUUUUAUGGUUGUUUAAUCCCAUAAAACUUCUAGUUUGUUCUAGAGGACCUGAAUACGAGAAUUUUGGUUAUUAUGGGUUAAAUCCCAUAAAUACUAAAUUUUAUUUGGAGUCAUUUAUGUCUUUGAACUAUCCAACGACUCUUAAUUGUCCUUUCUGCGACAAGCACUGAAAGAUGAGGCCUAAACAUAAUAUUAGGGAUCUUAGAGAAAAAAGAUUUUUCGAAAAAAUGAGUUAAGGAAAUGGUUGUGCUGAAAUAUUGCAAUCACGCUAUACAAUUGGAUAGGCGAAAAGAUUGAGGAAGAGUCAAUGGGUUGAGGUGAUGAAAAAAUGAUAAGGCAAAAGAAGAUGACCUUACACUAGAGGCAGGUUUGAUUAUCAGUUUUUUUUUUUUGGCAAGAAUUGUUUGUUUGGAUUUUUUGCAAGAAGUGUUUAUUUUGAGCUCUUUUUUUGUUUGGUACAAGUCAAGUGUGUAGUUGAAAAGUUGAAACAUGUUGAGAGGAAUAUAUUUGUAUUAUACUUAAAACAAACUUACUUUUCAGUUUACAUCACGACAAAUAUGAAAAUAUCAUACUUGGUGACACAAAACAGGAAAGAAACAACAAGUUGAACCAAAUUUAUCUUCUUUUCAAAAAUUUAUCCUUAUUGAUAAGGGUACACGUGUAACUAGCAUGCCCAAAAGCUAGUAUAUUACAUGGAACAGUCUCUUCUUCCCUCUUGAAUAAGGAAUGGAAUUAUUCGUCCUAAGUUACCUAUAAGCUUAGUAGCAUGUUUCUUGACUUGAACUCUGGGUACAUGGUGAGUGCAGGACCAAGAGUAUUCUGCAUGCAGAGGUUUGCCGUGGAACGUCUAAGAAAUGAUAAAGUUGUUAGGUCACAUCAUUUCAAGCUUGAAAAGCUAAAGGUGCUGAGAAGUUGUAGUAGGAGGCAAUUCAGUUUCUUUGCCACUGCAGAGGACCAGUUGCCCAACAGUGAGCUUGAGGAAGAUGUUUCUGUGCAAGAAAGUGAACAUCCUAGUGUUGAAUACAUUGCCUCUGUCAGUAGUUCAAAUGCCCAACUUGAAGGUGCUGGUGGUAAGCCUGGGGUACUAUCAUUCUACAAUCGUCCUUACAGAAGGGAGGAGAAAAUCCUUGUGUCCACUGCUGCAAAGAACGAGAACAUUCUACUAUGGUUUGUCGGUCCAGCUGUCCUUGUAGCCUCUUUCAUCUUUCCCUCGCUUUAUUUGCGCAGGAUAUUAUCAACUAUAUUUGAGGACUCUCUGUUAACUGAUUUCCUCAUCUUGUUCUUCACAGAGGCUCUCUUUUACUGUGGAGCAGCAGUGUUUCUUCUCCUAAUAGAUCGUUUAAGGAGACCGCUUGAGCUAAUAUCUUCUGACAGGAAAACUAUGCCACCACUCGGAUAUAGAAUAUCUUCAAUUUCUGUACUAGCACUUAGUCUAAUAAUUCCAAUGGUGACCAUGGGGUUUGUCUGGCCAUGGACUGGUCCUGCAGCUUCUGCUACUCUUGCCCCUUAUCUUGUUGGUAUUGUUGUGCAAUUUGCUUUUGAACAGUACGCAAGAUAUAUUGACUCGCCUUCAUGGUCUGUUAUCCCAAUUGUUUUUCAGGUUUACAGGCUGCAUCAGCUGAAUAGGGCUGCACAACUAGUAACAGCCCUUUCUUUGACAGUAAGAGGAGCUGAAAUGACUGCACAGAACUUGGCAAUAAAUGGCUCAUUGAGCGCACUUCUAAAUGUCCUUCAAUUUCUUGGGGUGAUUUGUAUUUGGUCCCUUUCUAGCUUCAUCAUGAGAUUUUUCCCUUCUGCUACAAUGGCUGAGGGGUCUUUUGUGGUUGCGGCAGUUAUUUCUUCAGAUGGUCCCUGUUGUUGACUUGAUCUUUGUUGAAUGUGUAAGAACAUGAGCAUGGAAGCCUCUCAAACAUGUUUCACGCUUGCAGAAAAAUUCUUGGCAAAUGAAGAAACGCGAAGGUGCAGGGUUGCUGAUCAUAUUGUCACCUGUUCUGUUUUUAUUCAAUAGGCUGUGAAUUUGGACAGCACGCACAAAGGAGUUUUACUUCAUGGUUAUUUCAUGUACAGUUUAAAUUUUAUAAUGGGUAUCUUCUGCAAUUGCAAGUAGAUUGCUAGACUACCAUAGUAAUCAUUGUUUUACAUAUAUUGUAUCCAAAUAGAUUUGCAAUUGCAUGUAUUUAACUCUUUGACUCGCUUCUCCUAUCUCACUUGCUCUCUCCUCUCUU